AGGCCUGAUCAUUUUUUAAUCUUCAUCUGUACUGUUUCUUAUGGUUGCAUUAUCAGUAGCUAGUUGGCUUGCUUUGGCUAACGUUAGCUGUGUAACGUUACAAGACUAGGGGAUUGUUUGAAAGAGAAAUUCACAUCUACUACGAUGAGAUAUAGUGCUCCCUUAUUUCUGUUUAUCAUCACCUGUUAUAAAAUGACAACAAUGCCUUGCUAGUUGACUUUCGAAGCCCUGUUUCCUGAAGCAUUCUGCCCUGUCCUGAAAUAUCUCCGAGUGUACCGUCAUGUUGUGCCUGGAUGUUUGGUCAGGACGUGUCAUUUUAUUAAUUUGUUCGUUUUGAGAGACUCAUUACUAAGCACUUCCCCACACAACACACAUUGUGGGCACUCCUCGUUAUUUCUCAAAGUUUGUAUGAAAGAGACAAAAAGUCAUCACUGUAUUUGCGUCUCAUGACGAUUGAGCUCAGUCAGAACUUAUGGCUAUCAUGGGUCCAUUUCAUUACCGCGGUGAGUGAUGGCGAGUGGGAAUAACAAGUCAGUGGCUUGAACGACAGCGCCGCAGCGUGUGGGUCGCGCAGUGAUCUUCAACAAAACUGCAGAAAUUAAAUAUUUAUACAUUUACGUCGCGACGAACCAUUGACAGGUGGGUCGCAACCCAUACUUUAAUUAAGAAACUCUGCUCUAUGCUAACCUGAAAGAAACUGUCUGUGUUGUAGAAUGGUUAUAAAAUGGUAAUAGUUUUUUGGGUGACUUGGGUCUAUUUGUUAUUGAGGUGUCGGCCCAGACACAGGAAGUGAUUGAAUCAACACCAGCCUCUAUUGCACCACCAGGAAGGAGGAGGAAAUGGGUGUCGUCUGAAAACUCAAUGAUUAUCGCCUCUGGGAAAAUAGUGCUUUGUUUUAUCUUGUUUUUCAUUGGCAUCGUUACUUGACAAAUAAUACAUUGCGGACUGUCAGCAUUUUCAAACUCUAAAGGCAUUGCAAUAUAGUUCCAUAAUGUUAUAGUUAUUAAGUAAUCAUUUCAGAGUGAUGACUCAACCGCUUGUGAUUUGGAAAAGCCAAAAGGUGUGUUUUCUCAACUCCUUUGAGAGUGAAUUUCUAGUCUGGGACUGAGGACAGUUGGAGAUGAGAGAGAGCCUAAAGAUGGUGACUUGAGACAAUGUAGAAUCAAUUCCUUUGGUUGAUUUAAUCAACUUAUUGGAUAUUUGAAUCAUGUGCCUUGGGGUUCAUCCUGCGACCAACUCCCUGCAGACACUUCUGUCUCUAAAAGACUUGUCUCUUUGAUCUAAGAUGACAAAUUGGAGGCAUUUCAACAUAAUGUUAUCAGAAUCCCAAUAAUGUUCUGCUAGACUUUCUCUAUGUUCAAAUGCCUCCAAUUUGUCAUUUUAAUGUUAGCAGAAUCCCAAUAAUCUGCUGCUAGUAUUUAACGUGACACAAGGCUCGUGUUCAGCUGAAACUGCUUUGUGUUUUGACCUCUCCACUCUUCUGUUUUGCCUGCCUUUGCUACUUACGACUACCAUUACAUUAAUGAUAAUUGAUUACAAAUGUGAUAAUAAUAAUGUGAUAUUAACAACAUAUAACAACAUGUUCAGCCUGUUUGCUCUGUUCAUCAAAGGUCCCAAAAGAGCAGCUGUCGAUCGCUCUUGGCUCCUCUCAUAAGUGGCCCCAGAGGUCCCUAUGAGGGCCUGUAGGCUACUCUCCAUUGCCUGCUCAAAUAUCAGCUAUACAGGGAGGGAAUCGUCUUUUUAUCCCCUCUACGGACUCUGCGGAUCCCAGUGAGCCAGUGUGCUCCCUGAGACGUUUCUCCGGAUCUCUCUGAUUACCCCGCACCACUCACCUGUAACCCAGGUUACCUGACCAGAGGUCAAGGUUCAGAGGCUGGAGGGCCCGAGACCUGAUAAAGAACAGAGCCAUUCAAUAGCUCUCUGGAGUCCUACCCUUCAGCUCAGAGGCUUGACUCCUCACCAUUGACUUAUUCAAUACCGUGGUAAUCCACCUUCUCAAUGUCCCAGAGAGGGUCAACUGUUCUUUAUUUAUUUAUGUUUGUCUCGAUAUGAACUACUCCUUCUAGUCACCCCUUACUCUCUUCGUCUCUAUUUCCGCCCCUCCUGGUUCUAGAUCACAUCCAAUGCUUCACAAAUAUGACUAACUAGAAUCCCUGACUAUAGAGCCAUCCUGAUUCUGUGUCUGUGUUGAAGGUUACUGCUAGAGGGACUGUGAAGAUGUCAUUGACCACCGCUCUCCAUCUCCUGGCAAUGGUGGCAAUGUGUGACCAGGUUAAAUCUCAUCGCAUCAACUUCUACAAUGUCAAACCUCCUGUGGAAGCCACUCCGUUCCCUAAGAGCUUCAAGUGCUUCACCUGUGAGAGAGCUGUGGACAACUACACCUGCAACCGCUGGGCUGAGGACAAGUGGUGUCCACUGAAUAGCCAGUUCUGUAUGACAGUGCACCAUUUCACCAGUCACGGCAAGACCAAGUUUGUGACCAAGAAGUGUGCUGCUCGUGAGGAGUGUCAUACGUCUGGCUGUAGACACCACAGGGACACGGGUCACACUGAGUGUGUGUCAUGCUGUGAGGGUAUGAUCUGCAACGUGGAGGUCCCUACCAACCACACCAAUGCUGUGUUUGCCAUGAGGCAGCAGGCCUACAGCUCAGCUCCAUCCCAGACUCCUGUUAGGAUGACGUGGAGCUGCUGCUGGCUGACGUUACUGCCCACUCUGGGCCUGGGGCUGACCGGGCUGGUCCUACUGUGAAACUACUGUCCCUCAGACCAGGUCCCUAUAGAGGGGACCAGACUGGACCAGACCAACAUGUCCCUCAGACCAGGUCCCUAUAGAGGGGACCAGACUGGACCAGACCAACAUUUUCCUCAGACCAGGUCCCUAUAGAGGGGACCAGACUGGACCAGACCAACAUGUCCCUCAGACCAGGUCCCUAUAGAGGGGACCAGACCAACAUGUCCCUCAGACCAGGUCCCUAUAGAGGGGACCAGACUGGACCAGACCAACAUGUCCCUCAGACCAGGUCCCUAUAGAGGGGACCAGACUGGACCAGACCAACAUGUUCCUCAGACCAGGUCCCUAUAGAGGGGACGAGACUAGACCAGACCAACAUGUUCCUCAGACCAGGUCCCUAUAGAGCGGACCAGACUGGACCGGACCAGCAUGUUCCUCUGAACAUGGAGGAUGUGUGUUUUUACAAGUCUAAUGGUAAUCUGUGAUAAAGAUGUCACAUGGAUCGAUCAAUCACAAAGGACUACAAGCAGUGUCAUAAUGACUGAUGCUUGGUUUACCAAUGACCACUGAUGGUGGUCCUGGCAAUGCUAAUCAGGUGUUCAAUGUUUGGGAUUCCACAUGGACCAGGAAGAAGAAAUGAACUGACUGAACACAGGCAGGAACAGCAUGCCCCAUUCCCUUUAGAUUAGGGAGAAUUCUGGGAAACGAUCAAUGAAAGACAUGGAAUCUGGAGCUUAGCUCUGUCAAAGUCAACUUAUGAAUACUUGAGCCACAGUAUGUCACAAAUAAGAUACAUUUUGCACAUGAAUGUUACGAAAUAUUGUUGCUUGUAUUUUUGUAUAACAUAACUUUAUAUAACAUAACUAAAAUAAAAUAAAAUGGAUAGAAUGUGA